AUGGGAAUGUUGUUCCGGUUUUUUUACAGUUGUAUUUUGGUGUGUUGUACAGGCUGGUUUGCAAAACCUACAGGAAAGAAGACAUCUGUGAGUCCUCAUGAGGACGCGAAGGCGGCAUUUAUGGCUGAAAUGAAAGCUGAAAACAUCAAGCAGUUUCUUUACAAUUUUACACAGCUUCCUCACCUAGCAGGAACAAAGGAGAAUCUGCAUCUGGCACAACAAGUCCAAGCUGAAUGGAAGGAGUUUGGUUUGGAUUCUGUUCAGUUGGUUCACUAUGACGUCUUGCUCUCUUACCCUGAUGACGCUAAGCCCAACUACAUCUCAAUAAUUGAUGAGCAUGGAAACGAGAUUUUCAACACAUCAUUAUCUGAGCCUCCUCCUCCAGGAUAUGAGGCUGUAAGAGAUGUGGUGCCACCCUACAGUGCAUUUUCAGCCCAAGGAAUGCCUGAGGGUGAGUUAGUGUAUGUGAAUUACGGCCGCACCGAGGACUUCUUUAAGCUAGAACGUGAAAUGGGAAUUAACUGUACAGGAAAGAUUGUUAUUGCCAGAUAUGGGAAGAUCUUCAGAGGAAAUAAGGUGAAGAAUGCUGAAUUGGCAGGUGCCAAGGGAGUUAUUCUGUACUCUGACCCUGCUGACUACUGUGCCCCAGGAGUAGCUCCCUAUCCAAAUGGCUGGAACCUUCCAGGUGGAGGAGCCCAGCGUGGAAAUGUUUUAAACCUGAAUGGGGCAGGGGAUCCUCUGACACCAGGUUAUCCUGCAAAAGAAUACACCCACCGAUUAGACAAAGCCAGUGGUGUAGGUCUCCCAAAAAUUCCAGUUCAUCCCAUUGGCUAUCAUGACGCUGAGUCAUUGCUACGUAAUAUGGGAGGAUAUGCACCACCACAUAGUAGCUGGAAGGGAAAUUUGAAUGUGUCUUACAACGUUGGUCCUGGUUUCACAACAAAUUAUUCCACAAGAAAGGUGAAAAUGCACAUUCAUAGCCACAAUGAAAUAACAAGGAUUUACAACGUGAUUGGUACCAUCAGAGGCGCAGUGGAACCAGACAGAUACGUUAUCCUGGGAGGCCACCGCGACUCAUGGGUGUUUGGUGGCAUCGAUCCUCAGAGCGGGGCAGCUGUGGUUCAUGAGAUUGUGAGGAGCUUUGGAAAACUGAAAAGGAAAGGAUGGACACCAAGGAGAACAGUGAUAUUUGCAAGCUGGGAUGCAGAGGAAUUUGGCUUGUUAGGAUCAACAGAAUGGGCUGAGGAGAACGCCAAAGUAUUACAAGCACGAGGAGUGGCUUACAUCAAUGCAGAUUCCUCCGUCGAAGGAAACUAUACCCUACGAGUGGAUUGCACACCACUGAUGUACAGACUGGUGUACAGUCUUACUAAAGAGAUACCAAGUCCUGAUGAGGGGUUUGAAGGAAAAUCUCUUUAUGAGAGCUGGUAUAAAAAAAAUCCAUCAAGAGAAUAUAAAGAGGUCCCCAGAAUAAAUAAACUGGGUUCUGGCAAUGACUUUGAAGUCUUUUUUCAACGUCUUGGCAUCGCUUCGGGCAGAGCACGUUACAGUAAAAAUUGGAAUGUAGAAAAAUAUAGCAGCUAUCCAGUUUACCAUAGUGUCUAUGAAACCUACGAAAUUGUGGAGAGGUUUUACGAUCCCACUUUCAAGAAUCACCUGACAGUAGCUCAGGUACGGGGAGGGCUGGUGUUUGAAUUGGCCAACUCCGUUGUGCUUCCUUUCGACUGUAGAGAUUAUGCAUCAGCUGUGAGCAACUAUGCUGAGAUCAUCUAUAAUUUGUCAAGGAAUCAUGAAGACAAACUGGCAACAUACAAUGUAUCCUUUGAUACUCUUUUUUCAGCUGUGAAGAACUUUACAGAAGUUGCUGCUAGCUUUCAUGAGAGACUGCAACAAAUAGAUAUCCAUAACCUAAUUGCUGUCAGAUCACUAAAUGAUCAGCUCAUGUUUCUAGAAAGGGCUUUCAUCGAUCCUCUUGGAUUACCUGGCAGGCCAUUCUAUAGACAUGUUAUCUUUGCUCCAAGCAGCCAUAACAAGUAUGCAGGAGAAUCAUUUCCAGGGAUCUAUGAUGCCAUGUUUGACAUUGAAAGCAAAGCAGAUCAGCACAGAGCCUGGGAAGAAGUUAAGAGGCAGAUUUCCAUUGCAGCCUUCACUGUACAGGCAGCAGCAGAAACACUGAAAGAAGUAGCAUAA